AUGUCUCUUUCACCAGUCACGACUGACCCCGUGUUUACCUCAGACAAGGCGAAUCUCGCCCCUGGGGCCACAGAGUCGAUAUCCCGAGUAUCGCCUGAGCCGCCCUGCAAACUUGAUCUUACGGAGAGCGUUGCGGUAGACGCAAUUGAACUUUCUCCCGUGACUCCAAUAGACAAACAGGAUUAUGACUCGGAAAGUCCAUCAAUACUUUCAGCCAGGUACAAAACACAAAGAACGCGGGAGAAAAUUCAAUUUGUGACAUUGUGUUGGUUUGUCUAUCUGGAGGGUUGGAAUGAUGGAUCGAAUGGCCCACUGUUGCCAAGGAUUCAAAAAGUUUAUGGGGUUGGAUAUGCUGUUGUAUCUCUUAUUUUUAUUUGCGCUUGCGUGGGAUUUAUCACGGGCGCCGUGUCUAAUGUGAUCCUUGCCGAGAAGCUAGGAUUCGGAAAAGUGAUGGUACUAGGCUCCCUAUGUCAAGUCUUGGCAUACUGUAUCGAGUCUACGGGGCCCCCCUUUCCCGUGUUUGUAUUUGCGUAUUUCAUUAACGGAAUUGGAAUAGCUCUACAGGCAGUCGGCUAUGUUGCAUGUCUCAAGGAAAAUGCAGAAGCGAAGAUGGGCGUUUUCAUGGCAGUAUAUGGGGCCGGAGCACUCUCAUCUCCUUUGGUUGCCACCCAGUUUUCACACCUACCUCAUUGGAAUCUACAUUUCUUGACAUCCCUUGGAAUUGCGAUCACCAAUACAAUCGCCUUGAUCAUAGUCUUCCGGCUGAAGCCCCAGGCAGAGUGUCUUUCCGAGAUAGGCAUCGUGCACUCGGAUAACAAUACAAGCGAGCACAGUCAUCUCAGGCAGAUAUUCGCAAACAAAGAUGUCCAUCUUCUGGCAGCAUUCACUCUACUCUAUGUCGGAGUCGAGGUUACUCUUGGCGGCUGGAUUGUUACCUACAUUCUUGAUGUCAGAGGCGGAGGGCCUUCAUCCGGUUAUGUUUCUAGUGGUUUCUUCGGCGGUCUCAUGGUCGGUCGAGUGGCUUUGCUAUGGUUGAAUGAAAAGAUCGGAGAACGCUUGGCCUUGUUCAUCUAUGCCGUUCUGGCUAUCAUUUUCGAGUUCAUCGUAUGGUUCCUCCCGUCUUUGAUAGGAGAUGCAAUCAUUGUCUGUGUAGUUGGCGUGUUGCUGGGGCCACUGUAUCCAAUUAUGGUGAACCAUGCAGGACGCAUCCUUCCUCGCCGAAUCCUCACUGGUUCCAUUGGUUGGAUUGCAGGAGUGGGGCAGGCAGGUUCUGCAAUGAUUCCGUUUAUGGUGGGUGCUAUCGCGCAAACUGCUGGAAUGAAAGUCCUGCAGCCUGUAUUGAUCGGCAUCCUGGGUAUUAUGACUGGGUUAUGGGCCCUGGUGUGCUACGGUUCCAGUUCACGUCGUCCCAAUUAA